AAUAAAUUUUUGUUUUUAUAGAAAUAAAUAAUCGUAGUUAAGAUAAUCAAUUUUUACUGAAAUUUAAAUAUGGCGGAAUUAAGCAGUUAUGAAAUACAAAGAACUAAAAACAUUGCUGAAAACAAGAAAAUGCUGGAAAGUUUAGGCUUAACACACUCAUUUAAGGUAAUUCUUCAACCAAUCAAGAAAGUUAUAAAACCCAAAGCUGCUGUAAAAAGAACAUUUACUGGUCGCGAUUUAAAUGAAAAUAUUCUGAAAAUAGCUAAUGAAGAAAUUUCAUCAAAGAAAAGGCGAUCUUUGAGAAUUAAAGGAGUUGAACCAGAUGGAAGUAUUUUGCCUGAAGAAGAUGAUGAAGAUUAUAAACCAAAAAUAAUAAAAACAAUACGCCAAAGUUUAUUUGGUCACAUUGAAAAUAUUCCAGUUGGUACACAUUGGGAAACUCGUAUGGAAUGCAGUGCUGAUGGUGUUCAUAGACCAACUGUUGCAGGUAUUCAUGGUAAUGAAUCAGUAGGUUGUUACUCAAUUGCUUUAUCAGGUGGUUAUGAAGAUGACAUAGAUUUAGGAGAUUCUUUUACUUAUACUGGAUCAGGUGGAAGAGACUUAAAAGGAACAAAAUCAAAUCCAAAAAACUUGAGAACUGCUCCACAGUCUAAGGAUCAAACAUUGACUAAAAUGAACCUUGCUUUAUCAUUGAACAUUGAUUCCAGGCAGCCUGUGCGAGUUAUUCGAGGUUAUAAAUGUCCUAGUCAGUUUGCUCCAGAAUAUGGAUAUCGUUAUGAUGGUUUAUAUACUGUGGAGAAAGCAUGGUCAUGUGUGGGUUUAAGUGGUUUUCUGGUUUGGAAGUUUGUACUAAAAAGAGUUAAAGAUCAGGACCCUCCUCCUUGGAUAAAAUGUGAUAUUAAUUGUGAAGAAGCUAUAAAGUCUACUGAAGUUCAAUUAAGUGAAUCAAAUGAAAAAGCUACUGAAGUUCAACUAAGUGAAUCAAGUGAAGAAGCUAAAAAGUCUACUGAAGUUCAAUUAAAUAAAUCAAAUGAAAAAGCUACUGAAGUUCAACUAAGUGAAUCCAGUGAAGGAGCUACUAAAGUUCAACUAAGUGAAUCCAGUGAAGGAGCUAUAAAGUCUGCUAAAGUUUAACUAAAUGAGUAAAGUGAAUUAAAUUCAACUAAGUGAAUCCUGUGAAAAGUGAAUCAAGUAAAGUCUGUUAAUAAUGAUAAUAGAUAGAGUUCGAAAUAAAAAAGAAAAUAUUUAAAUUUUGAAAAAGUAAACUAUGAGCAUGUAAAAUGAUUGAGUUAAAAAAACUUUUACUGUUUUAAAAUAAAAAAAUCAUAUUCACAGUUUAAAAUAUAAAAUGUAGUUAUUUUUUUUAAACUGUUUUUAAUAUAUUGUGUAU